CACCCCAGAUGAAGCGCUAUCAGUAAUGAUUGAAUCAAAAGAUACCAAACAUUCAUAUCUUGUUCACAGACGAAUAGCAAAAGAACAUUUUGCUGAUAUAUAUCCGUCUUAUCACAAGCUUCGAGAAGCAAAAUUACGCUGCUAUCCCCGAAAAGAAGGACAAACUGUAAGUGAGUCAUGUGCAGAAAUAUUAUUACAGGACCUCUUAGAUCAUACAGUUAAACGGAUAGUAGAAUUGCAAAAACCAGUUCUUCGUUCAUUAUCAACUGAACUUCUAAAGAAUUUGAAACUGUUGCUGAAAUGGGGGUGCGAUGGAAGCACCGGUCAUUCACAAUACAAGCAACUUUUCUCCGAUAAUAGUUUUGGUGAUGGCGAUUUAUUUCUUACAUCCAUAGUGCCAUUACAGUUAUAUGCGGAGCAACCUGGACAAGAUAAAAUUAUUGUGUGGCAAAAUCCCCGUCCAUCGUCAACUCGAUUUUGUAGACCUAUACGCUUUCAGUUUAAGAAAGAAACGAAAGAGCUGACGGUACAGGAGACAUCAUAUAUAGAAAAUCAAAUUUCAGAACUUCAACCCACUAUUGGUAUGCUGGAUAGUGAAGAAAUUGCAGUUUCUCAUGUUUGUGUGAUGACGAUGAUAGACGGCAAAGUGUGUAAUGCAAUAACGGAAACAGCUUCUUCACAAACAUGUUAUAUAUGUAAAGCAACCCCCAAACAAAUGAAUGACAUCGAAAAACUAUUAAAGAGGGAAGUUGUCCAAGAAAAUUUGAAAUUUGGAUUGUCAACUCUACAUGCCUGGAUCAGGUUUUUCGAAUGUUUGCUGCACAUUUCCUAUAGAUUAGAAGUUAAAGUUUGGCAAAUUCGAGGAAGUAACAACAGAGCAGUUUUUGAAAACAAGAAACGUACCAUACAACAAAUUUUCAGAGACAGAACAGGUUUGCUUGUGGAUAUACCUAAGAGUGGAGGUAGUGGAACUACUAAUGACGGCAACACAGCUCGACGAUUUUUUGCUGACCCCUCACUGUCUAGUGAAAUUACUGGCAUAGAUAAAGAUGUCAUUAUGCGAUUUGGUAUUAUAUUACGCACCUUAUCUUGUGGCUAUGCAAUCGAUGUGCGAGCUUUUGAAGAGUAUUGUUUGGAAACCGCAAAACUGUAUGUCGCUAAAUAUUCAUGGUAUUAUAUGCCUUCUAGCGUGCAUAAAAUAUUACUCCAUGGAGCCAUAGUAAUCAAGGAGGCUAUUCUGCCUAUCGGUCAAUUGUCAGAAGAAGCCCAAGAAUCAAGAAAUAAGGAUCUCAAAAGUUUUAGGGAGAAACAUACACGAAAAAUUUCGAGAAUAUCAGGAAAUCAAGAUUUGUUAAACAGGCUCCUUAUAACUUCAGAUCCAGUAAUUUCAUCUUUGCGGCAGUACCCACUCCGAAAAAGUUCAAACAUAUCUUCUGAAGUUGUAUCCUUGUUGAAGGCGCCCUCGUUAGAAUCAAUGGAAGCAGAUUCUCUUAGAGCUCUACAACUUAAUAUGGAAAGCCGCCAAGUUUCUUCAUCCGACGAGGAAGACGACAGCGCGAGCGACGUAGAUUUUUAGUGGUAAGCAUACUAUUGUAUUUACAAGGGCGGAUCUAAGGGGGCCCAGGGGCCCAUACCCCCCUUGGGAUUCACAUUUU